UGCUCAGUAAGAUUAGAUCAAAAAUAUUUAAAAAAAAUAAAUAAAUAAAUAAAUAAAAUGAUUAAAUUAAAUAAAUUUGUAUUAAGUAUAACAGUAUUAUUGGCAAUUAAUUUAAUUCAAAUGAUUGAAAGUAAAAGAAUUUUUUGGCCACCAAUAACAAGUUCAGAACAUACAAAUCCUUUGGAAAUCGCAUUAAAGGAGAAUUUAGAGAAAGGAUGUCCAAAUAAAGAUAAUAAAUUGAAACCGGGUACACAACCAGAACAUUUUUUUGCCAUAACAUUUACACAAAAUUUUGGUUUAAGUAAUCCAAUACCAAUGCAAUUUACACAUAUUGCAAGUGGUUAUCAAAUUAAUUUUAAUACUUCAUGUGAAGAUUGUAAAGCAAAUGAAUUCUUUUUUGAUGGAAUCGCCUAUAAAACAACAAAUUUCGAAUGCCGUAAUUUAUGUAUAUUUGUUGCCCAAGAGAUUAAUGGUAAAUGUAAAAAUAAUAGAAGAAAUUAUAGAGUUUUAAUACCAUUUGGACAUAGACAUUUAGAAAUAUCUGAAGCAUGUCAUCGUCUAGGCAAUAUUGAAGAUUUAAAAAGAUCAAAAGAUGAAAAAGUUAUAAAUUUGGAUAUAUUAAGAAAAUUUGAAUACGAAUAUAUUGGUGAAUAUUCGAAAAAAGUAUUUUUCGAAGGUCCAGAAGAAAAAAAAUGUACUAGAAAAUGUUUACCAGUUUGUCGGCAACCAGUUAUAGGUGGUGAUGAUUUUGAUUCUGAUGAUGAUUUUGUAUCAUAUGAUAAAACAGAAGUUGUAACUGAAAAUAUUAAAAAUAUGAAUAAAAUGGAUGAUGAAAGAGUUAAUGUUAAUGAAUAUGUAGCGAAUUUUGUCAGAAAUUUAUGUAAUUAUAAUAAAUCGAAAAGUUCAUUAUAUGAAUCAUAUAGAUUAAUGGAUCUUAAUUGUAAUUCAUCUAAUACAAUUAGUAUUAGUAUAUUGAAUAUUUUAAUUGUUCUAAUUAAUUUAAUUAUAUUUAAGGUAUUAUAGAAAUCUAUUGAUUGUAUAGUUAAAGUAAAAAUAAUUAAGUUUAAAUGGUUUUAUGGAAAGAGAAAAUAAAUUUAGGGAUUAAAAUAUUAAAUUAAAUUUCAGUUUAUGUCAUUUGAAAUAAUUAUAAAUUAAGAUUACUUAAAAUUGAUUUGGCUGGACGAGAUAUUGAAGAUUGACAUCGGGGAUUUAGAUAGAUUUCUCGACCUGUAUUAAAAUAUUCUUUAAUUAAUUUUAACAAAAACUCUCCGUUUAAAAAAUUUAUAAAAUAAAAAAAUUUAUAUUUAAAAUUCUUAACAAUUAGGUCAACAUAGUUGAUAUAAAAAUUUUAUCGGCUUAUAA